AUGAGGUGGAAGGUGGGGGAUGGAGAGAAAGUUAGAUUCUGGACAGAUAAGUGGAUUAAUCAACAGGAGUCGCUAGCAGAAAGGUACCCCAGGCUGUUUAUUAUAUCCUCACAACAGAAUCACACCAUUAGGCAGAUGGGAACUCAAAAUGACACGGGCUGGGAAUGGAAUUUUUCAUGGAGAAGACUGCUUUUUGACAAUGAAAUUGAUACUGCCAUCAGUUUCCUUAGGGAGGUAGAAGGACAAACCAUACAGCAACAACAAAUUGACAUUUGGGAGUGGAUAGGAGAUUCAUCAGGGAUUUACACAACUCGUAGCGCCUACAAUCUGAUAUGGGAGGAAAUUGCUGGUGGCCAGAAGGAGGAUUGGAGUAUGGAACUAUGGAAGGCAAAGAUACCUAGCAAAAUUGUGGUAUUCGCUUGGAGAUUAUGCAGGGGCAGACUGCCCACAAAGGAGAAUCUGCGAAAAAGGAACAUACAGAUCAACAAUAUGCUUUGCCUUUUCUACAGUGGAGCUAUGGAAGAUGAAUCUCACCUAUUUAUUCAUUGCAUCAAAAUCCAACCAAUUUGGUGGGAAUCGAUGUCAUGGAUGAAUAUCAAAGGCGCUUUCCCCUUCAGCCUGAAACAACACUUCAUGCAGCACAUUUCUAUCCAGAUCGAAGGAUUAAGGGCUAAGCGAUGGAGGUAUUGGUGGCUGCAGUAA